AGCAACAACAAGUCCCGAGGAAACAGGAAGGCGAAAAUUGCAUCACCGGCCGGAAACGGAGAACCAACACCAUGGGUCAAGUUUCACUUGACCGAGGCGGAAUACAAAUGACGUGGCCGCUACGGCUGCUGCUAUUGGUGCAACAGCACCAAACACAAGACCUCCCAAUGCCCGGAUCAAGGCAAGGAGGAUGUUCGGCCUUGCAUCAACUCGGGAAACUAAGUUGCGCGGGAGGUGAGACGACUCCACCUCUCACUCCGCCAGAUUCGGCCGCCUUGCUAGCGGCCUCCUACACAUCUGGGGAGGAUGCGAAUGUCGUAAGUUCUCGGUACACUUACGAGGACUAUGCUGUCCACUUGGUCCCACCGUUGGACCAACCGCUCCACGUGCAACCAUCCACCGCAUGCACGGUUUCACUACCAUCGGCAACCGAGUCGGCAGCUUCGCCGCCAUCUAUAGCCAGGGAUUCGACGAUAUGGUCAAGACUUGAAGAGCUCGACCCGUUGACGUUUGCAGACUUCCAAUGGAUGCCCCUUCCCCGGUCUGGUCGAUUGCCGAAACCGCAUUGCAACGUGCUCAUGGCACAAUUGCGGGAUUACUUGCACACUACAGUACCAACUCCGUUGAUGGACGCCGGAGUAGAGGUUGUCGACCUUCACGCCUACAUUGCGAAGAUCGACCGCGAGUUCAAGACACAACGGUACGACGACGUCGACGCACCAUUGUUAUAUGUACGCAUUCAGAUCGGAGAGGCGACCUGCAGCGCUUUGAUCGAUUGCGGAGCAUCUCGCAACUACAUGAGCCAGGACUUUAUGGUACGCGCCGGCCUUGGCCCACGCGUCCGGAGGAAGUCCCAGCCUACGCAAGUCACGUUGGCAGACGGUCGCACGCACAAGUCAUUCGACCGGUGCAUUGAUGACGUCCCCGUGUACUUUGCCCCGCAUGCAAGCGAGGCGGUGUCCUUCGAUAUUUUGGACACCAAAUUCGACAUGAUCUUGGGCAUGUCAUGGCUGCGAAGCGAGGAUUACCCGGUGAACUUCUACCGCCGCACCGUUCACGUUCGUGAUCGGAAUGGAGUACUAGUCCCAUGCACGGUGCCUCCUCACCCUUCGAUUAGCUGCCACAUGGUGUCCGUCGCAAGCAUGCGAGUUUCCAUCAUCAGAGACGACAUCGAGGAGAUGGGGGUGUGUUUUCUCCACGCCCUCACGCCCCAUGACGCUUCAUCGACGGACUCAUCUUCGGACCCACGCAUCAUCGAGCUUCUCGACGCCUACGGCGACGUGUUCGAAGGCCCGCACGGAGUAGUGGUGGAUCGACCCAUCCGCCACCAGAUCAUCCUCGAGGACGGGGUUGUACCUCCGUGUGGUUGCAUCUACCGAAUGAGCGAGGAAGAGUUAAGUGUGCUACGGGCACAACUCGACGACCUUCUUGAGAAAGGCUGGAUUCGGCCUAGCUCCUCGCCAUACGGUGCUCCCGUUCUCUUCGUCCGGAAGAAGAACAAGGAUUUGCGGUUGUGCAUUGAUGAUCGCAAGCUCAACGCGCAAACAGUCAAGAACGUCGGCCCUCUUCCACUCAUCGACGACCUCCUCAAACGGUUGGGCGGCGCCAAGUUCUUCUCCAAGCUAGACCUCAAAUCGGGAUAUCACCAACUCGAGAUCUGGCAGGAGGACUGCUACAAGACCGCGUUUAAGACUCGAUAUGGGCAUUUCGAAUGGCUGGUUAUGCCUUUUGGCCUUACGAAUGCCCCAGCCACAUUCCAAACGGCUAUGACAACGGACCGGAGUUUGGACGAGCAUGUGGAGCACCUGCGCACCGUUUUGGAGCGGCUACGACAAGCCAAGUACAAAGCCAACCGCGACAAAUGCGAAUUCGCGCGGCAAGAGCUGGAGUACUUGGGACAUUAUGUGACGCCGCAAGGCAUCCGUCCGCUUGCGGACAAGAUCGAGGCCAUCCGCGUAUGGCCCGAGCCCACCAACACCACGGACGUUCGUUCAUUCAUGGGAUUGGCGGGCUACUAUCAGCGAUUCAUCACCGAAUACUCGAGGAUUGCCGCACCUUUCGUAUUCGAUGACGACGCACGCCGGUCAUUCCAAGCACUUAAGACGGUCAUGGUCAUGGCACCCGUCCUUAGCAUCUAUGACCCCGUCCUGCCUACGAGAGUGACAAUAGACGCUCCCGGCUAUGGCAUUGGGGCAGUCUUGGAACAACACGACGGCGAGGACUGGCACCCUGUGGAGUAUUUCAGCCACAAAGUGCCUCCCAUCAAUUCACUUGAUGAUGCAAGGAAGAAGGAGCUACUCGCGUUCAUGAUGACUCUCAAGCGAUGGCGGCACUUCCUCCUUGGGCGUCGAAGGUUCACAUGGGUCACGGACAACAACCCAUUGACCUACUACGAGACCGAAGCGGAGGAGGAGGAGGAGGAGGAGAAUAAGAAGAGGACGAGGAGGAGGGAAAAAGAUGAAGAAGAAGAGGACGAGGAGGAGAACAAGAAGAAGAGGAGGAGGAAAAAAAAUGAUGAGGACGAGCACAAGGAGGAGGAGGAGGAGGAGGAGGAGGAGAAGAAGAAGAAGAAGAAGAAGAAGAAGAAUCUGAUGAAAGAUGAAAAAACAAAAACAAAUCGCUAUGGCUAUGGCUCUGGCUUAACGGGGAGCGAAGCGGAGGAGGAGGAAGAGGAGGAGGAGAAUAAGAAGAGGACGAGGAGGAGGGAAAAAGAUGAAGAAGAAGAGGACGAGGAGGAGGGAAAAAGAUGAAGAAGAAGAGGACGAGGAGGAGAACAAGAAGAAGAGGAGGAGGAGGGAAAAAAAUGGUGAGGACGAGCACAAGGAGGAGGACGAGAUGAUGAUGAUGAUGAUGAGGAGGAGGAGGAGGAGGAGGAGGAGAAGGAGGAGGAGGAGGAGAAGAAGAAGAAGAAGAAGAAGAAGAACGUCAAGAGAAAAAAAAAGAAAAAAAAACUAAACUGUCGGACCUACCUUCGCGGCUAUGGGGAGUGGUUGCAAUGAAGCGGGCUGGUGAGG